AUGGGAGCGUACAAGUAUAUGCAGGAGUUGUACCGUAAGAAGCAGAGCGAUGUUCUUCGUUUCUUGCUAAGGAUUCGUUGUUGGCAACUUCGUCAACUGGCCGCUGUUCACAGGGCUUCUAGGCCAACUAGACCAGAAAAAGCUAAACGUCUCGGAUACAAAGCUAAACAAGGUUUUGUCAUCUACCGAGUCAGAAUCCGUAGAGGUGGUCGCAAGAGACCAGCACCCAAGGGUCAAGUAUAUGGAAAGCCAAAAAGUGUUGGUAUUAAUCAGUUAAAAAAUCAGAGGUCCUUGCAAGCUGUUGCCGAGGAAAGAGUUGGUCGCAAAUGCAAAGCUCUCAGAGUUCUGAACAGUUAUUGGAUCGGUCAGGACUCAACCUAUAAGUUUUUUGAGGUCAUCUGUGUCGAUCCAUUCCACAAUGCCAUCAGACGUGACAAGGCAAUUCAAUGGAUAUGCAAACCUGUUGCUAAGCACAGAGAAAUGCGUGGUCUCACCUCAGCCAACAGAAAAUCGAGAGGUCUCGGAAAGGGUCACGGAUACAGCAAAACUAUUGGUGGCUCAAGAAGAGCCAACUGGAAGAAAAACAAUACCAUUGAAAUGCAUAGAAAGAGAUGA